AUGCAUCGUAUCGUGUCGGUAGAAACACUAAAGAAAAUGAUGCAACAAGAUCGAGCAACACAAACCGAUGUGCGACGUCGAUCUCGCAAAUUCUUCGGCUUAACAGUGAAAGACAUUCUCACACUGACUACUUCGCUGAUCGUUCCUCUUCUACUCGGCGUUUCCACUAUAAUAACUACGAGUAAUUACCAGAAAGAAGCGAUUCGGCAAAGCAAAAGAGAUUCAUCUCUUCGCGAACAAGAAUGGCAAAUCGAAAAUAGUCGAAAUGAACGUCAAUGGAACAUCGCCAACAAACAAAAUCAAUUCCAACAGUAUAUCGCACAUGAAAAAUACCGAGAUGAAAUGCUCAUAUCUUACAUAAAAGAAACCGGUGAUCUAUUAAAUGAAAACAAUGGUUCACUCACAUCAAAUCCAAUCAUAGCCAGUAUUGUUCGUUCAAAAACACUGAAUACUAUUCGUCAACUAGAUCCAUUACGCAUUUCGUAUGCUAUUCGUUUUCUCAUUGAAUCUGGCCAACUGACAGUAACAAACGAAACCAAAGCAUUGAACAUUUCAACGGUGGAACUAUUCAACAUCAGCAAAGACAUUUUCCAAACUUUACCUACAGUUGGAAAGUUAUCUUUGUCAGGCAUUUAUUUACAUAACUGUACUCUUAACGACACUUUCUUACAUAACAUCGACUUCUCGUUUGUACAACUCGAUUAUAUCAACUUUUCUGCUAAUGAAUUUCGCAAUAGUGUCAUAUCAUCUGCUAAACUGAACAAUAUCGAUUUUAGUUUUGGAAAAUUCAAAAAUGUCGACUUUUCAUCGAGUCAGUUGGAAGAAGUGAACUUUUCCUCGACUCAUUUCGAACAUGCUCACCAAUCGUGCAAUCGAUUCGGUAAUAUUAAAAAUCUGUUCGCACAUUCCGUCGAUAUUAAUUUUGCAAGUACCACGUUGAAAUAUGUCGAUUUUUCCUUCUCAAGAUUACAAUAUGUUAAUUUUCAGUCGGCGAACUUGAAUAAUGUGCGUUUUACAUCGGCUCGUAUCGAGAACACUAUUUUUCAGUUUAGUACUCUUUACAACGUUGAUUUUUCGUUCACAACCCUCAGCCAUAUCGAUUUUUCACAUACGUAUCUUGAGAACGUGAACUUUUCAUUUGCCAAACUCGACAAUGUUGACUUUGAAUCUGCUCAGUUGAUGAAUGUCGACUUUUCUUCAGCCAUCCUUCGCAAUGUGAAUUUUUCCGACGCUGUUUUAUUUGGUGUUCAAUUUUCAUUCGCUGUAUUAGUUUUGGUCAACUUCGAAGAUACAAUCAUGCCAAGUAGCAGUUUCAUGCAAACACGUCGUAUGGAUGUGAACUUUGAUAGAGCCGACUUAGUGGAAUCAAUAUUUUGUCAUGCCAACGCGAGAGCUGCUCGAUUUUACUCGAGUGAUUUAACUAGAGUUAAUUUCACGUCUGCAAAUUUGCAAAGAGCAAAGUUUAUCAAUACAACCAUUAUGGAGAAUCAAUUGAAAAGCACUCUUUCAAUUCACGAUGCUCAACUGCCCGAUGGAACGCUUGGACGUGAUUCAAAUCUGAUUAUGAAUGGCGACGCAAACUGUAAUAGUCCCAUUUCCCAAAAUUGGCAACUGAAAGUUGGUAAUAUUAUGGUGAUGAUGUCAGACCAAGCCAAAAAUAACUGCUAUUUUGGAUUAGAAUCCUACUCUAUCGGAGCGGUGAUAGCACAGAGUAUCAAUUUAUCGAGCGUUUGGGAUUCUCACAUGUGGUCUCAUUCUCAAGCUGUGCUGAAUGCAAAAAUGGGCAAAGGAGUUUCAAUUCAAUUGAAUGGGAUUGACAGCAACGGAAAACUGAUUGAUCAGCGUAAUUUAAACUUGUCCGGCAACAACCUCAUCAUAAGAUUGCAAGAAGCAAUGCAAACGUUGGAGAUUGUGGUUCAAUUUCAUAUAGUUUCCAACAGAACACAUCUCAAUAGAAGCUGGUGCGAUGAUAUUCAGUUAUUUAUUGAUUAUGAUACACAAUCAUGGUCUUCACAAACACUACCUCUCCGUGCCAGUUCAAAUGAUAUUCCUACGGAUGCCAAAUGGAAUCAGGAUGGUCUUACUGUCGCUGGGGGAUUGGGACAGGGCAAUGAAAGUGAUCAACUUUUCAAUCCAGCUGGUCUGUAUGUUGAUGAUGAUGAUACAAUUUAUAUCGCUGAUGAGAAAAAUCAUCGUAUUAUGAAAUGGAAAUGCAAUGGAACAACUGGUCAAGUGGUAGCCGGCGGGAACGGACCCGGAAAUGGAGCUGAUCAAUUGAAUAGUCCUAACGAUGUUAUCGUCGACAAAGAAAGAAACUGUCUUAUUAUUUGCGAUGGAAAGAAUAGAAGAGUUAUCAGAUGGCCUCUUCGAAACAGUGGAAAUGCCAGUGGAGAAACACUCAUUUCAAACAUUAGCUGCUGGGGUUUGACAAUGGAUUAUGAUGGAAAUCUUUAUGUCGUUGAAAACGAAAAACACAAAGUGAUACGGUAUCGAAUUGAGAAUGGUAGUGAGGGAACAGUAGUUGCAGGUGAAUACAUUGAAGAAAAUGAUUACAAUACACUCUCUUUCCCUGUCUUUAUAUUUAUUGAUGGAAAUCGAUCUAUAUACAUAUCUGAUGAGGAUAAUCAUCGUGUAGUGAGGUGGGAACAUGGUGCAAAGGAAGGAACAGUUGUUGCUGGUGGGAACGGCAAUGGAAAUAGUCUCACACAGCUGUCUUACCCUCAGGGAGUGGUGGUUGAUCACUUGGGCGCUGUUUAUGUGGCCGAUGAUAUGAAUCAUCGAGUAAUGCGAUGGACAAAUGGAAGUCGACAAGGGAGUAUUAUUGCUGGUGGGCAUGGUCGAGGAAAACAAAUGAAUCAAUUAAAUUAUCCCAAUGGUUUAUCGUUCGAUCGCCAUGGUAAUCUCUAUGUUUCUGAUAUGUAUAAUCAUCGAAUACAGAAAUUUUUACUUGAAUAA